AUGCCUACGUGGGAAAGUGGUCUUCGUUCUAUCUUCAACCACGUUGUCCUGCCCCCUGAGUUACCUGGACAUGCUGAUGAACAUCCCGAGGCAGUUGAAAAGGAAUUGAUGCGUCGGCUGCUCAAUACAGUGACGUUGAUGAAAACCAAGGCAGACGAAGAGCUGUUUCCAACCUGGCAGAUCCUGGAAAAUACAUUGAAACUGUCUUCCAUCGUGAACGAAGGAGUGAUCUGCAACAAGGCAGCUCUUAUCGAAGCUCUGAAGAAAGUGGGUUCAGAGAAUGCCGUGAUUGUUCGUGUCCAAGAGCAGAAUGCAGGUCUUCUUAUCAGACAUGAUGAAGCAGGUGUUAUUUUCGAAGCCUUCGAGAUCUCUGGGUCUGCCGAACAAACCCUUGCUGCUAAAGGUGCUUUACAAUGGGACUUUCCUGGGUGUGCCGUUUCUUUACCGCACGAGAUUUUCUCCGACCACAGCUUUCAAGCGAACCUUGCUAUGUUCCUUGAGAAGGCAAGUGUCGAAUAUCUUCCUCAGUUUGCUGCCAAGGUUCGCAAAGCAGGUAAAGAUGUGACUGAGGAUCGAGACACAUGUGAUCCUGCGCUCAUAACACAAUGUUUAAUGACUCUCCUCGAGGCCAAUGGAAAACGACUGUCUGUGCCAUGUUUGAGGAAGCGCGUCAAUGAUGAUGUCUGCUGGAACCAGGCAAAAGUUCCCUGGAGGCGCUCCCCUAUGUGGCUUACUCUGAGGGUCUGCCUUCAACGUCUGCUACACUUGCAACUCGGAGAGGCUGGACGUGUACAGUACAAAAACUUGAUGUGCAUGCUUUUAGCAAAGUUAUUAGAUGACUGCGUGAGAGUGUUGAGUUCAGAGCACUAUCAUUUAUUGAAGGUCAAGCUGUGCCGCCGCCUGGCGAAGCUCGAAGCAGAGAAAGAAUCCGGUUCUGCCCAGGUACACAUGGCAUACACUGCGGCUCUUCGCUUGAUUGAACCUUACUGCAUGGCCUCGAUUGAUGCUGCGACCUCAGCGAUCCAUAAGGAAUGGAAUUUCUGGAAACAGGAUAUUCAGCGGCAAAUUCCGAAACUGCCCUCUUGCACGCCCAGUGACUGUUAUCUGACACUUCCUAAUAGCAUCGAAUAUCUCAAGAACAUUUUCCAUCCACGUCAACACAAGUCUCCUCAAGCAAGCUUUAUAGAGCCAUGCCAUCUUGAUAGUAUUGUGACAAGCAGUACGACAAAGCAGUUCGCCGCCUUGACCAAGAGGUAUUCAGUACUUGCGGAUCGAGAGGCGGCUAUAGCCUCCGACGCAUUUGAGCUUCCAUCCGCACCGGAAGCAAUUACCAAGCAAUGCAUAGACUUGGCAUCCUCCAUUGGGGACUAUAUGGAGACCGUUGGGGAUGCGUACGACGAUGACCCUGAGCAGUUUUCACUUUUUAUUCUCAGCAUCUUCGACAUGUGGGUAGCCAUGGACAGAGCUGCAAUAAAAGCAUAUCCUGUUUUGAAGGAUUUCCAUCCAUGGUUCAACCCAGAGCUCCUUGAUGUAUUACUUCUAGAACGUUUGAAAGAUAUGAGACGUCUUCAAAGCAUCCAAUUUCAUCUUCAGUCUCGCUGUACAGAAGCCAAAUAUGGCAAGAUGACGAUUUUCGGAGACCCGAUGCCUGGCUGUUUUGCUGAGCGGUAUUUCGAUUCACCUAGCGCAGGCCCGCUUCACAAGCUGCGACAGCGUAUAUUGAAAGCGUCACAAGAGGCUGAAGAUUACAAGAGAAAAGAAUUAGAGGAAAUCAAUAGGUCUUUUACUCAUCUGACUGACAAGCUGAGAUCCACCAGUUGCACUUUCCUUCGCAACCCCGACGGAUCUCACGAUAUUCGUGGCUGCAUUCAUUGCUAUUAUUUGAGAUCCCGACGCCGACUCAAAAUUGACGUCCAUGAAAAUUAUCUACCAUUUGAUCUCCGGGGCGAAGUCCAGCAGAAGGCCAUCCUUUUUGAGCUUCAGACGCCGAAAGCCUUAGCAGCUUAUCGUGAAGUCACUUGGAAUAUUGUGAAUAGACUCUGUGCUAAGCCAAGUCCUUCCGAUAAGGGCAAUCCAGAAUUAUUGCUCGCCGAUUACACCCAGCUCAAAAUAUACAGGGAGAAACGAGCAGGAACUUUUAGUUUGGCCUCGCCAAAGAAGAGCUUCAUAGGAACACAUUAUAGGUGGAAGGGGCUUCCUGCUGACGUUCAGGAUAUCAUACUUCCGCAUGGCCCGGAGUACUAUUUCUACGACUCUGGGAGGGAGUUAUGGUUCAGUGACUACCCUCAGCAGCUAAGCUUUGCACACCAUUUUGUGCUCCGGAUCCCGAAAGAGUCCCCGUUCUCAUGUCUCUAUUCUUCGUCGUGCUUUGCUCCUGACACAGAGGGGCCUUCUUCCUACAAAAUCGCAGCUAACAUUAGCGAAUGUCCAACGGCUCUUACAGUGCACGAGUUUACAGCACAUCAGACCAUUACCGGCGGCAGGAACAGGCGCUGGCUAUCUAUCCUAGCCGAAUUAGGGUCUUCAAAUAUUAAUUUCGGCUUACAAGAGACAAUGAUCCUGUUUCAUCACCUUGCAUUGCAAGCAGGCCCUAGGCUGGAACACACUAACUUCCGGGCCGUCCAUGUUAUGUUCAGGGAUGAACAGUUUUGUCAAAGAAUGACGGAACAAGUUAGCCGGCAUGCAGAAUCGAUAGCCACAAACCACCGUGAGCACAAUAUGAUGGAAACCCUUCUUACGCUCUGUUUACGGCUAUUUUCUCUGGGCUCUGCAGAGUCCCGUUUCGCGUCCAAGAGGGUCCUCCAAAAGAUCCGGCAAAUAACUAUGAGCUGGAUCAAACUACUGCGAGAUGAAACAAGGAAAGCUGAUGAUGUGAAUGUGGUCAAUACCGCCGCCAGAUACUGUUUCCUUUCAGCGCUCCUCUGUCGAAGGUCCUUUACGCCUUGGUUAACCAGUCAAGCGCCGCUUGAUCCGGAAAGCUUGAGGUGUUUUUUUGACGCAUCUUUGGCCAUGCAAGAGAGUUUAGUUGCCGAUUUGAGCCUCUUUUCAAAUAUAACAAGGAAUAUGUUAAUCCGGGACAUCAAGAUGACUAGUCAGAUGUCAGUUCUAAUAAGUACUAGUGCUAUGCAGGAACCUAACAGCAUUGGAGCUGCCAUUGACGCUGCAUGGCCCCAAGCAGACAACAAGCCACGGAAAUAUGGAGAGUGGAGGUUGUUAUCGCACCCUUAUGAGAACUGGGUUACUUCCCAAACUGAUGCAUCAGACGAUAUUUUAUCACAGAGGUUCUAUUUCCACCUUCUCCAAGGUCAUCUUGUCGUUGAUGGUAAAACAAUUGGAAAGCUGCCAGCUGACAUUCGGGACUCACCAGUUCUGAAAGAGCUCUUCGGUAGUCAGCGUCUGUUUGCGCUACCUUCAAAUCUCCCUGGGAUGGAGUGGACACUGCUUAACUCUGCAGAUGGACAUCGAAUCCAUCUAGCUCAUCGUGGUGAACAGCUAAUCAUACGAGCAGAGGCAUAUAGAAGCAUUUUGGAGCUGGUGCCACGAAGUGUAUUUGGGCGUGGCCCAAACUUUGACCUUCCAUAUCCUCUGAUUAUCGAUUGCAUUCAUUGGAUGGACCUCCGUACUGGCAUUCUGGAGGUGAGGCAAAAGCCACGCAUUUGGAAGAGAAGGGAAGGAAAUUGGAAAAUAGAUAUUCGAACUAGGAAAUGUGAGCGGAAAAGAGUUACCUUGGUUGACCCAUUUUCCAGCCUCGCGAGACAGAUUUCGCAGGUCUUCCAACACUUUGAACAGUCAAACCGGAUCACUAUCAUUCGGACUCCCAAGACUCUCAUUGUCGAGCUGAAACGCUUGAACCUUGACUUCAGCCUUACAAAAUGGGGCUCGCUGAAAUGUCAUCAACUUGGAGCUUUGAUCGACCGUGAUCAAGACCCGGGUACCUUUUAUGGCCUCCAAAGUAUGCUUGUGCUGCGUGACGACCGAAGCGGCCAGCGAAGUAUACUCGUCCCCUUAGGUGACCCUAGUUGGACACGCCACGGGAGCCACGUUCGGGUGAAGCUAGAGAGCAAUGGAAUUUACGUGAAGUACACUAUCAACAACGUGCUUCGACGACUCGAAUGCCCUGCUAAUCCUCGACUAUUAUAUGUAAAGGCUCAGCUGCACGCUUUGACAAGUCACUUAUUACCAGACCCGCUCACUGGUCGAACUGGUACGCAAGAAGCUCUCGAUUGUCUCCGAUCAGGCUUCUGCCAGCCAUGGGUACCCCUAUCUUCUGAUGCUAGAAACAUUUUGCAUCAGAUAGCUAGCCUGACACCGCGAAGGGAGUACUAUCCAAAAGUCAAGCGGCGUCAGCAGAGGGUUUUCUGGAAUCCUCAUUUGACCGCGAACAUCCAACAUGAAGGCUUCUACCCCCUGGUCGAGGUCAUUAUCAAGAGAUCCGAAAUUCUGUCCAGGUUCUCUACCAAGCAAGCAGAUUCAAUUAAUGAGUCUACCAUGCCCGUUAGCAUAAGUCAUUUGCGCGAACGAGCGCAUCGGCGGCGGUCAAUAUUUGAGGCCUUUGAUUUUUCGCAGCCCGCCCUGGCUGAAGACACCCCAUAUGUGGCUCGCGACGGCUGGUCUAGCUCAAGGAGAGUAACCAAUGUUCGCGAAGUCGUGACCUUACUUCUUAAUGAGCCAUCGGCAAUACACACUACACGAAACCUGAUGGGGUUACUCGAAAGCUGGCCGUCAAUUGGCGGUUAUUCGAAUACCUGUACUUACUACAACAUUAGCGAUUAUCUUUCGCUAAACGUUGCCGAAGAGUGGGGAGGUCUCGUUAACAUGAGCAGAAAGUCGAGGAAAGAAGACGUUCACAAUCUUAUCUUCAAACUGGGCGUGAUAGCGUUUCAGGAUGGGGUAAAUAUGACGGCACUGCGAGUUAUUGCAUCCUUUUUCGUGUUUCCAGAGUUUAGAAGCGGCCUGCAGUUUCCUCACUUUCCUUCUUUUGUUAGAUUCGCUAGGGACGAGAAGCCUACUGUUGAUUCGCUGCUACCGCUUAUCAGGAUGUCUUACCCUGCCAGACCUAUGAUUUCAAGGAGACAUCGGGUUUACAAGGACUCCGCGCUUGGCUACGAAGCGAACUGUGAGAAGGAGGGUGUUGAACUGGCGAAACUGCUGAUUCGACAAUGGCCUUGCGCAGAACCUUCUGCGGAAUAUUUCGAGCCGAAGGAUAUAGAUAAAGCGCAGGCCAUGAAGGCUCUACUACCGGAGUGGACAAGAAUUUAUCAUAAUUUACACUUCCAAGGUCAUAUAGAGAAGGUCCAGACGAUCCUAAAUCAUCACUACCGAGUGUACUAUGAUUUUGCGCCUAUGGCGGCCUCGAGCAGCAUUCAUAAGGAAUACCUGGGUCCGAAGCGAAAGUUCAUUUUUGUUUCCUAUCCUAAAGUGAAAGAAGACCUCUUAGCCAAGCCGGCACUUGGGCUUCUUGAAACUCUGGGGCUGCCUAAGGAGACUGCGGUCCCGGAAGUUGAAGAGCCGCCGACUGGAACCCAGGACUCCAAUACUUUGCAGUCUCCAUCACCGCAUAUCCUCGAGCUAGAAAACAUUGUACAUCAACUUGGACGGUCAGAAUGCCCAGUCAAAUUUGCGUACGCUCAAGAUUUGGAGCAGAGUAUCGCAGCUCUGAAGACAAUUAGGGAUACAGACCAGCUCCAUCGAGCCAAUCCACUAAUGGAAAAAGGAACACUUGAUCAGGAUAUUAUAAUAUCGCGCAAUAAGAUCAAAGACUACUAUGACUGCAUCAGCAAUUCUCUGUCUGCUUCUGAUGAAACGUUCAAGUGGCUAUCUAUAGGCAACCUAUGGCCGACCCUGACUCCAACUACAAUUCUACAACAGCUACGUUCGACAUCCCGUCAUGAGUUUGGACCUGACAUGAAAGAAUUAUUUGUCUCGUACGCUCUAGCGAUUGCCAAGCUGCAGAAGCUUCUCAGGCUGAAAGAGGCUGCCACGAAGCGCGAGGAAAAUACGGUCAACCACGAUUGUACGGAUCCUGGCCAUGUGAACUGGAAUCCGUUCGAUUUUCCUGACUGGAUACUACUCGAGAUCGAUGCAAACUUUCAAAUUAGGCAGGACCAGGUUACUGUAGCCAUGGAGAUGAUUUCACCUUCCUCUGGGUCCAAUUCCGUCCUUCAGAUGAAUAUGGGCCAGGGGAAAACGUCUGUAAUUAUGCCAAUGGUAGCCGCGGUUCUGGCUAAUGGUGAGGUACUCAGCAGGCUUCUUGUUCCAAAAGCCCUACUAUCUCAGGCAGCGCAGAUCCUUCAGUCACGCCUUGGGGGUCUCCUUGGGCGAGAUAUUGUACACGUCCCGUUUUCCAGAAGGACUCGGACAACCCACUCUCUUCUGGAAGACUACCGUCAAUUACAUGAGGGGACUUUGCUGAGCUCAGGUAUAAUACUAGGGGUGCCGGAGCAUAUCUUGUCGUUCAAACUCAGUGGACUCCAACGACUCGCUGACUCGAAACUGCCAGAAGCAGGUGUGAUGAUCGACACGCAGAAAUGGCUGGAGGAAGUUUCUCGGGAUGUGAUUGACGAAGCGGACUUUACGCUGGCUGUAAAGACGCAGCUCAUAUACCCAGGCGGCUCGCAGCUAGCGGUUGAUGGCCAUCCUGAGCGAUGGGAGGUCGCCAUGACUCUUCUUGGUCUCUGUGCAUGCUAUCUCAAAGAUCUCUCAAAAGAAUACCCACGGAGCAUCGACAUUCUCGAGCGGAACUCAACCGGGUUUCCUGUGACUUACAUACUACGGAAAGACGUGGAACACGCUUUGGUUCACAAGAUUGCGCAGGAUAUAUGCAACGAAAAGACAUCUUUGUUGCCGCUCCGGGAUUGCAACAAAAUGGACAAAGAAGCGAUCAGGCUGUUCAUUACCGAGGAAAAAGUCGAAAAGUCUGUGACUAAACGCGUUGCAAAACUGUUCCCUGACACCCCCAAAUUGCGCAAAGUUGUUUAUCUACUGAGAGGUCUGCUGGUACACGGGAUCCUCAUUCUGUGCCUCAAGAAACGCUGGAACGUCGAGUACGGACUUCACCCCGGUAGGGACCCAAUCGCAGUGCCCUUCCACGCUAAGGGAGUCCCAUCUGAGCAGGCUGAAUGGGGUCAUCCGGAUGUCGCAAUCUUGUUCACUUGCCUCGCAUUCUACUACGAGGGCUUGAGCCAGCAGCAGCUUAAGAAAAGCCUGGGAGCAGUUCUAAAAAGCGAUCAUCCGUUCACUGAAUAUGAGCGUUGGACGCAAACCUCGGCCACGCUUCCGGAGGCGUUACGACAUUGGGCUGCCAUCACGGUGGACGACGCAGGCUUGGUUGCGGAAAUAUGGAGGCACUUGCGCUACACGCGCGAGGUUAUCAAUCAUUUCCUGAGCAACUUUGUGUUCCCUCUGCAUGCCAGACAAUUUGCCACCAAAUUGUCAGCGUCUGGGUGGGAUUUAAUUUUGAGUCGCGGCUCUCAAUAUCGCUCGACAGAUGGGCUAUGGGUCCAUCCUGGUUUCACCACCGGCUUCUCCGGGACAAAUGACAACCGCCGACUUCUCCCACUCACCAUUGAGCAGUGCGACCUGCCUGGCUUGUCACAUACGAAUGCAGAGGUGUUGACCUAUCUCCUUCAGCCCAGGAAUCGGUGUUAUCGUGUGGCUAUCGGGCCGUACGAAAGACGCAUGUCCGAGAAUGCGUUGUUGGAGUAUCUGUAUAAGGAGAAUAUUCGGGUUCUCAUUGAUGCCGGUGCUUUUAUCAUGGAGAUGAACAACGAGACCGUGGCGAAAACUUGGUUACAGGCGGACUGGAAAGCUAAGGGAGCAGUAUACUUUGGCGACGACAACAUACCAUGGGUUAUGUAUCGGAACUUUAAGCGCGCACCGCUCUUUGCAAGUCCAUUUGCAGAUGACCUCAGCGAAGCCCUAGUCUACCUAGAUGAGGCUAGAAGCCGUGGCGUGGACUUGAGAUUUCCCCCGUCGGCGGUUGGAGCCUUGACGUUGGGCUUGGGACAGACCAAAGACCAUACGGUGCAAGCUGCCAUGAGGCUUCGUCAGCUCGGUUCAACGCAAUCCGUAACCUUCAUCGCACCGCCAGAAGUUCAUCAGAGCAUAUUGCACGUUUGUAAUAAGACCUCGAAAGAUAAACUGGAUUCGUCUGACGUCGUCGCUUGGCUGCUUGAUCAGACGUGCGCAGUCAACCUCGAGCUCUCGCCUUUGUACUUUGCCCAAGGCAAAGACUUCACUUCUCGAUUGCAAGCAGCGACAGCGCACAAAAUGAUAUUUUCCAAUGUUGAACACAGAACAGCCUACCUCAGAGUUCUGCAGCAACCCGAACAGCAAACCCUCGAGCAACUAUACGAACCAACCUACCGCGAAGAAACUGCAUCGUCGUUAUCUGUCACUACCUUUGCCUCUGCGGGUAAAGUGGGCAGGCUCAUGCAAGCGCUGGAGAAGCGACGACUGGAGUCUCAUAAGUUGGCGUCGGUCAUUAGUUCAGCUCUUGAGCAAGUAGAACAGGAACGCGAAGUGGCAUAUGAGAUUGAGGAGGAAAGAGAAAUACAACGCCCUAGUCAGAAAAAGGCCCUGCGCUUUCCCGGUCUGCAUGAGUCCAUCUUGAAUUUUGCCAAAGGAGAACCCCUUGGGUCUUCAGGCAUUCUAUCAGCGUCUGAAUGGCUGGAAAAGACGCACCUUGGGGAGAAGUACAAAAUCGAAGGCUCCUCGCUAGUAUCCCAUCUCCACCUUUCUGCGGAGUUUUCAAGGACCGUCAAGCUGAAGAAUUCAGAGAAAAGCGAUACCUACAUACGGCCCGUGAAUUGGUUGCUUUAUAAUACCGUUACUGAGACAGCUCUGGUGAUUAUUAGUGAGGAAGCAGAAAUCCUAAUCCCAAUCAUGAGGGCUUCUACUUCUCGAACCACUCAUCUCAUCCUCUAUGCAGCGCCCUGGACCAAAUCAAUGCUGCACUUUAAUAAUCUGACUUACUAUUCGCUACCCAGCCUCCGCGAUGGCUGGACUCCCCCAACUUGGCUCCCGUUUGAGUUAGGUAUUAUCGCAGGAAGACUCUACUUUCCUUUCUCAGAGUACGAAGAUGCCUCAAACCCUCUUUAUUCGCUCGCCCGCAACCCAGACGGUGAAGAUGAAUCGCUGGAUUCCUGGGCCAAGAACCACCUUAACUUCUUGCAGGAAUGGCUCGCAAUCCGUCGUCAGGGCCAGGACGUUACCGAUACCCCGAUGGGCUACAUCUGUCAAAACUGGCCGCUGCGAAGGGAGCACCCCUUUUUUGCUACAAGGAGUGCCCAGGAGGGUAUGAAUGCGCCUGGACUGGAGUGUCUUCGAUUUACGAUGUCAGAUCAGGAGGAAGAGUACUAUAGUAGUGAUGAAGAUUUGAUGGAAGUUAAUAUGGGCGGUAAUGUUGAUGAUGAGGUACAUGGGGAAAAUGUUGGAAUUGAGUGA